UAUUAAAUCCGUUCUUUUCUGUUUCUCUCUCUACGCCCUUUCGUAUUUUCAUAUCUGCCUCGGCCUCUGUUCAGCUGCUAGCCUUCCCACCUAUUUUCUCAUCACCACCGCCUACGAAAAGCGUGGAAACAACUGCACGACACACACACACACACACAGAAGAAUUGCCUUCUCUAAUGAGCCGGAAUUUUUGUUGGCCCCAUUGCAGCCAUUUUUAACCUUCUGCAGGACAGAUGCAGAGCUAACGAACCAGGAAUAGGAGAGAAAGUAGAGACAGCGGAAGAAAUUGAGCGAGCUCGUCAGGAUAAGCCUCAUUUAUGUGUGCUUGGAAAAUGCGAGAGGCUCUGCCCUGUGAUGACCCCAGCUUAAUCGUCUCUUCUACCCACAAGAAGAAGAAAUCCGAUGACGAUAAGCUAGAUAAAGAUUCACAGAUGCAGAUGCUCGCUGUUCCUCCGGUUCUUGUUGUAAAUCGUAGCCGAUCACAGGCGAGUUCGCGAAGGGUUACACCCACUACCUUGACGACUACUCCUUCCAUAACUACGGUGGCUACUGUCGACUCUGUUUCCGGUGAUGGUACUGGAAUCCUUGCGCCGUCGGCUGUGGAGAAGCACCUUCCCAACGGGGAUCUGUACAUUGGGAGUUGCUUGGGGAGCGUUCCGCACGGAUCGGGGAAGUAUUUGUGGACUGAUGGGUGUAUGUAUGAGGGUGAGUGGAAGAGGGGUAAGGCCUCGGGGAAAGGGAAAUUUUCUUGGCCUUCUGGUGCUACAUAUGAAGGCGAAUUCAGGUCGGGUCGGAUGGAAGGGACUGGCACUUUUAUUGGAUCCGACGGCGACACCUAUCGUGGCUCAUGGUGUGCAGAUCGGAAACACGGUUUCGGCCAGAAACGUUACGCCAACGGCGAUUUCUACGACGGAACCUGGAAGCGGAAUGUUCAGGACGGAAAUGGCCGUUACGUCUGGAAGAACGGGAACGAGUAUGUGGGUGAGUGGAAGAACGGGUUGAUGUCCGGUCAGGGGGUUUUGAUUUGGGCCAACGGGAAUCGGUACGAAGGUCAAUGGGAGAACGGAGUACCGAAAGGGAACGGAGUUUUCAGUCUUCUCGACGGCAGUAGCCAUACCAGUGAAUGGAAUAACGAAAUGAAAAUCCAGCAAUACAAUGGAAGUUUCGAUUCGCUAGACGCGAAAGAGAAAAUCGAAAGCACUGAGGUUGUUGAGGGUGCGAAUUUGACCGCAACAUUCAGGAAAAGUUCUUCGGUGGAUGCUAGCAGAGGCAGCUCGACGGAGAGAAAUUUCCCGAGGAUUUGCAUUUGGGAAUCCGACGGCGAAGCCGGCGAUAUCACUUGUGAUAUACUCGAUAAUGUGGAGGCUUCGAUGUUGUAUCGAGAUGGGUUUAGACAGUUUAAGAAAACUCCUUGUUGUUCAACCAAUGAUGCCAAGAAACCAGGGCAGACGAUUUCCAAGGGGCAUAAGAACUACGAACUCAUGCUCAAUCUCCAACAGGGUAUAAGGUAUUCAAUCGGGAAACACGCUUCAAUUCUUCGGAACCUUAAGACAAGUGAUUUCGAUCCGAAGGAGAAGUUCUGGACGAGGUUUCCACCGGAAGGAUCGAAAACUACGCCCCCUCAUCAAUCCGUGGAGUUUCGAUGGAAGGAUUACUGCCCCUUGGUGUUCAGACAUCUGAGGGACCUGUUCCGGGUUGACCCUGCUGAUUACAUGCUAGCUAUUUGUGGAAAUGACACCCUUAGAGAGCUCUCUUCUCCAGGAAAGAGUGGAAGUUCUUUCUACUUAACUCAUGAUGAUAGAUUUAUGAUAAAGACAGUGAAGAAAUCAGAAGUGAAGGUGCUCAUAAGGAUGUUGCCAAGCUAUUAUGAUCAUGUAUGUCGAUACGAGAAUUCGCUCGUGACGAAAUUCUUUGGCGUGCAUUGUGUAAAACCAAUUGGUGGUCCAAAGACACGGUUUAUCGUGAUGGGCAACUUGUUCUGCUCUGAAUACCGAAUUCAUCGACGUUUCGACCUUAAGGGUUCGUCCCAUGGUCGGACAACAGAUAAGCCUGCAGGAGAAAUUGAUGAAACCACUACACUUAAGGAUCUUGAUCUUAAUUUCGUGUUUCGUCUUCAGCAAAGUUGGUUCCAGGAAUUCAUCAAGCAAAUUAACCGAGACUGUGAGUUCUUGGAAGCUGAGAGAAUCAUGGAUUAUAGUCUUCUGGUUGGUCUUCAUUUCCGUGACGAGAGUCGAUACGAUAAAAUGGGCUUAUCACCAUUUCUAUUACGAUCUGGUUACAAAGAUUCUUAUCAGAAUGAAAAGUUCAUGCGUGGCUGUCGCUUUCUUGAAGCAGAGCUGCAGGACAUGGAUCGAGUUUUAGCUGGCCAGAAACCUUUAAUCAGGUUAGGAGCCAAUAUGCCAGCUAGAGCCGAACGAAUGGCUAGAAAGAGCGACUUCGAUCAGUACACUCCUGGCGGGACAAGCCAUUUGAUCCCUUCAAGGAGUGGUGAAUUCUACGAAGUUGUCCUGUAUUUCGGGAUCAUCGACAUCUUACAGGACUACGAUAUCAGUAAGAAACUGGAGCACGCAUACAAAUCCUUACAAGUCGAUCCCACCUCAAUAUCAGCAGUCGACCCAAAGCUGUAUUCGAAAAGAUUCCGAGACUUCAUAGGACGAAUCUUCGUUGAGGACAGGUGAAUAAGAAAGAAAGAAGGAAGGAUGGAUAGAUAGAUAGAUAGCUAACUAUUAUCCAAUCGAUAAAAGAUUUCCCAACUGAAACAUGGAUGAACCAGAGAGUUGGGAAAAAGGUUGGCAUUGGGGGGGUGGCCGGCCACAUGCGAUUAAAGGCUGAUUUUGCAGAGCAGCCAAAGAGUAGAGAAGGUGGGGGAGGGGCGGGGUAAAGUGUUGAGUUAUAUAUGUACAUUGAAUGCAAGAAAAGAGGGAGAUUUGGGUGUUCGUCCCUCACGUUGCUUUACUAUUAUAUUUUUUUUUUUUUUUUGAAAGGUUUGAAAGAUAGGUAUAUAGGUAGUGGAGAAAAGUGAUUCAAAAUGGAUGGGGAUUUGGGGAUUUGGGGGUUUGGUUGGUUGGAAUAAGAGAAGUGUACAGGAUUGGAUUACGUUUAUGAUCUGAUCUCUCUCUCUCUGUUUUGUGAAAUAUUCUAUUCAGAAAACGCCUUAUUCAAUGUCUUUCUCUUCUUCUCAAGGCUCACUUUUUAUGAGUUUUAAGGCCAAA